AUGGUUGAAAGUGUGACAGUAGUGUUAUAACUGACGUAAACGAUGGAAAAUUGUAAAUAUAUCGCUGUAAUUAUAACAGCUGAUAAUAAGUUAUUUUGCGUAUGAUAUCCUAGAUAAAAAAAUUUACUAAAAAAUUAUAGUGAUAAGUAAACAAAUAAAUGAUUGAAAUUUCCUAUGAUAUUCUUCCAAGCAUAUUAUUGAACUGUGUACUAAUGUAUUCUUGGAAAUGAUGUUAAUAAAAUAGUCAAGAAUUCUUACAAGUAUUAUAUCUAAGCUUUAUCAAGAAUGCAGAACAGCUUUAAUAAUUUUGAUACAUAGUUAUUAAAAUUAAUGAACAUAGAAAUGGAUAGUAAUACAUGUCAUAUGAUUGACAAUAUUGUAUCAACAUCGUGUCCUGACAUGUCCAAAGGACUAUUGCCUACUAAUGACAAUGUUAAUUGCAACAUUAAAUCAUCAAACAUAGAUGAUUUUACUGAAAAAAUGGAUGUUGCUGCCUUAAAAACUUGCCAAGCAAUAGAAAGCAAUGUUUCGCCUUUGGUUGAAGAAAACUUUAAUCAAAAUACAAUGCAACUAGUGAUAAAACCAAGUAUUACAUUAGAAUCUUCCAGUAUGGAUACCUCUACUGAUUAUAAAACAAUGGCAAAUUUGCCUGCUGUAAAUAAUUCGAUAGAGUCAUCUGUCAGUAAUGGCCAAGAACAAAAUAAAAUUUUUGAACAGCCAACAUUAAAUGACCAAAAUAAAUUUGUCAAAUUUUCGCUGCCAUCAAAUUCGAUUAAUUUAAUACAGUCUAGUACACCUUUUAUAAAUAAAAGCAAACAUUUAUUUAAUCUUAUCACUGAAAAGUCUACAAACAUCAUGGAAAGAACUUUAUUACCACAGUAUUUAGUUGUACGAAAUGAUUUAAACGAUAAAAAGAGACUAGAAUACACAGUUACAGCAAACUCAAUGAAAAGUUCAGAAGAAAAAGUUCAAGAAUCUAACCCAAUGAGAUCAAGUGUUAAUAUGAAUGAAAAGAAUCAAAUAGCUCAACAUGAACAGCAUCACAACAUGGAAAAUGGUAGUAUUAAUGAAUCAAAUGAUAUAAAUAAGAAAUUAUUGAAUACUGAAAUUACGAACAGUAUUGAAAACGAUAAAGAUAAUUUAAAUAGUAAAGAUAAAGUUUUUUCUCAAAUAAUUCAUGAAGAUAAAAUCAAGCCAAUUGAUGAAGUUGAUUUAACAAAGCAAACAACGGACGAAAUUUUGAAUAUGGAUUAUACAGAAUUGUUAAAAGAAUAUAAACGUAUGCGAGACGAAAAAUUGAUGUUGGAGGUAAAAGUAAAACGAUUGGAAAGCUGUACGUCUAAGGUGAAUAAUGGUGAAGAAGAGGUAAGUAAUAUUGAUGAUCGUGAAAAGACGAUAGAAAGACUUACAAAUGAGUUACGAACUGCACUAACACAUCAGGAUGAAAUGCAAAAAGAAUUAGCUAUGGCUAAUAGGGAAAAAGAAAGUAUGGUAAUGAAAUAUGUAGGAAGUGAGAAACAAUUAUUGGACAAUCAGAAAGCUAAAAAUCUGGCAGAAAAGAAAAUAAAGGAUUUAGCUAGAGAUUAUGAAAUGCUUGAAUGUAAGUGGAAACAUGCUCAUAAUGAACGUAUAAGAAUUAGUAACAUACUUGAUGCGAGAAGUAAAGAGUUAUUGGAAUUACAAAAAGAAGUUGAUAAAUUGAAAGAAGAUAUAGAUGUUAGAGAAGUUAAGCUCAAGUGGACUCAGACAAAAUUAAAAAGUGAAAUGGAAAUGCACAAGGAAACUCAUGAAAAAUUAGACAAAGCUUUGAUUCAAAUAAAUCAAAUGAAAGAAGAGUUUGAAAGAAUUCGAAAAGAGUCUCAUGAUACUAUAAAGAAAUUCCAACAAUCAGAAGAAAACAAAGCUGUAACUUUAGACCACCAACUGAAGGAGCAGCAUGCACAGCUUAUUUUAGAACGGCAUGUAACUGAAGAUAAAGAAAUGUUAAGAUUACAAUUAGUCAAAGAAGUUGAAACGUUAAAAAAUCGACAACAUAUUCUAAUGGAAGAGAAUAAUACUUUAAGUCUAAAAAUUGAAGAGCUAGAAAAAAAUAAACUUGAUUAUGAAAAUAAUAUCAGUAAUUUGAAGGCUAUUUCGGAUCAAAGACAAAAGGAAAUAAUUGAAUUAACUGAGAAGCUUUGUAAUUUAAACAAAUUAAAAUUAGAAUUAAUCAAUAAAGAAGAAUGUCUUGUUGCAACUCAAGCUGAAUUAAAUAAAUUGAAAUCAGCGAAUAAAGAAUUGCAAGUAGAUAUGGAAUGUUGUUUACAAAGAGAGUCAAAUAUGUUAGAAUUUACUCAAAAAUUAACAGAUAAAAAUGUUCAACUACAAUCAGAAUUUUCUGCCAUUGAAGCAAAAGCUAAUCAACUUCAAGUGGAACAGGGCCCAUUGCAUGAAACCAUAGUUCAAUUGAAGGCCAAAGUGAAGACACUUCAAGAUAAUUUGACAGCAGAGAAAAAUAAAAGGAUUGAAGAGUGCGAAAUUUUAGCUAGACAUGUUGCAGAGCAAACACAGUUAGCUCAAAAUCUUACGCAAAUGCUUGAAGAUAGUCGAGGAGAAAAUACUGUCUUAAAACGGAAACAUCAGAUGUCUAUAAAAGAAUUGACCCGAGAGUUACAGCAACUACGUAAAAAACUUGAAGCAUUUGAAGCCAAAUCUUCUAACGCAUUGAGUACUCAAGGUGACGGUAUUUCUAGAGCAGCGUCGAGUACAUCACUUAAUGCUGAAAACGUAUCGCAGAAUGGUACUCCAUCAUUUGAUACUAUAGGAAACAAUGAAAUAUUAUCCUACAACAAUCUUGAUAAAAAUGCUUUGAUAGAUAGAAUAAUAAAACUGCAACGCACCAAUGUUAAACGCGCGGAAAAAUUGGACUUUUUAGAGGAACAUACAAGAGCAUUGGUUGCAGAGUUGCAAAAAAAAACAAAAAUUAUUCAAAACUAUAUAUUGACCGAAAAUUUCGAUGCGAUGGGAAGCAAUGAAAGAGAUAAAUAUAAGAAUUUGAAGAGUCAUCGAGAUGCUGCUGAAUUGAUAAAACAUGGAGGAAUUAUGGCUUCAGUAUAUCACCAACGAGUGUCUGAUGAUAACAUGACGCUUGAAUUAUCCUUGGAAAUAAAUCAAAAGCUUCAAACAGUUUUAGAAGAUGCUUUGCUGAAAAAUAUUACUUUAAAGGAUAAUAUUGAUACUCUUGGUGAAGAAAUUGCCAGGUUAACGAUCCAAAACCAACAAAAGACAACGAAAUGAUAAA